AUGCAGGGCCUAUACCAGGCUGCUGGCCGGAUUCUCAUUACUCUGGGGGCUCUCAGUGUUUUAUCUGGAGUUGUUGCUUUCUUCCCAGUCUUUUCUUACACUUGGUUCACGGGAUUGGAGUGUCUGGAUGCUUGUCCCAUCUGGAAUGGAGCUUUGGCCAUCACAGCUGGUGUACUCCUACUGUUGGCUCACAAAGACUGGACCCAGAGAUACUUGUGGGAAGCUAGUUUCACCUUUGUGAUUCUGAACCUUAUGGGAUGUCCACUUCAUUUUGCAGUAGCCUUGGAAUCCGCUCUCCUCGGCCCAUAUUGCUUCUACUCGUUAUCAGGAGUUGCAGGGACAAGUUAUCUUGGCUAUGCAGUUGCCUUUCCUUUUCCGUAUGCAAAAUUCCCAUCAGUUUGUGUGGACCCGCCACACUAUGAAGAAUACCACCUGACACUUCAAGCUUUUGACCUGUGCUUGAGCUUUGCCAUGCUCUGUGCAUCCCUGACAGUGUUCCUCAAGCUUUGUGUAAGACUUAUCUGGAAUGGACACGUACAUGUAAGUUUAGAGGCAGGGGUAGCCAGUUCUCGUCCUGUCCUGAAUUCUAAAACGGAAAGUCUGGUGCCUUUCGGUAUAUAGAUAUUUAAUCAGUCUCUCUUAUUCACCACUGUAUUCUGUAUAACUAUGCUAGUCAGUGCCUGGCACAUAAUAAGUGUUCAAUAAUUGUUUUUGUGUGAAUGAAUGGAAAUCUGUUGAUGUGAUAACUGAAGGUAUAGUGGCAGGUAGCACCAGCUAACUUUUCUCUUAACCUACAAUUUUUUUUAAAAAUGACUAAUAGACAAAAAUACAAAGAGCUUUUUGUGGAAAUUGGAAGCAUCACCCUUAGUAUGUUUCAUAUUAGUCAAAUACAGAUACCUUAAUUUAGCUUCUAUCCAAUUCAGAAAGGUAUGAAUGUUCCUUGGCUAAAAAAGACAUACAUGAAAUUCUCCCACUCUACCUCUACUCCAGACGAGAGGCUGAUGUAGGCUAACAUCAAAAUUUAGUUUUUUAACGUUUUCCAGGAGAGCUAAUAAUAUUGAUGAUAUGAUAAUAAUAGAAAUACGAACAGUGUUUACUAUGUGUCAGUGUACUUCCCGUUUUACAGACAGUAAACUAAGGCUAAAGAGUUGAUAUAACUUGCCUGAGAUCACAUAGCGAAUGAGUAGUAGGUCCAGAUUCAGAGCGCAGAGCCAUUUCUUUUAAUCAGGCCAGAUUUAUUCUGGGUCUCCUUGUCACCCACUCUGCAAUCCCUCCUGCUCUACUAGACAAUUAAUAUGCAUGGUGCUGGCCUCCAGGAGGAUGAGAGCUGGGUCACCGGGAAAAGAGUACUAGUGGUUUCUUAUUCUAAAUCCUGCAAGUGUUGAGUCUGGGUCACUGCUCUGUGGGUUGAACAGCUUCCCUCUGGAAAGAGAUAUUUCCCACUGCAAAUCCUCAUGCUGGCUUUAUGACUCAAGUCCGUAUUAUAUUAGGGUCAGGUGAAUUGGGGUGACGUUAGCCAAUUUUUUUCCAAUUUGAUCCUAUCAACACCAACCAGCAAAGCUGGAAGACAAGAUAUGACACUUUCAAUGCCUUUUGUGAUCCAUCUUGUGCUCUUGAACUUCUACAUAAGUCUGCAAAGGAAAUCCUGGACAUUGUUAGGAACAGAGUUGAUUUUACAAGGAAAGUCACCAAGAGUUGAGGCAAGCAGACCAAAAUUACCUACCCCAUUGUGUUGCCAGGGCAUCUAGGAGUUUAGUACAUGAGAUUUCUCCCUUGUGGUGAACAUCCCUAAUUCCUAGAGCCCUUUGUUAAAAGGGGCAUAUGCCUAGGGGAACCACACAUUACACUGUUGGCAGCCAUAACCCCUCUGCAGGGGUAGUUAAUCAGAUACCUGGCUGUCAUCUUAGGCAUGAUACUCACAACAUCUUUAAUAGGUUUAACAUAGGAUAGAAGGCAGGGAGAAAAAAAUUUUUAAAUAUAUGCAGAACUUGGUAAGCUAGUCCCAUGGAGAGCUAAGAGUGGGGCCACCUAAAGUACGUGGGGAGAGAGAAAAUUAAUUGAAAACAGAGUAGUUCCUCAGCUACAGAGUCUUGCCUUUGCCCAUCUUGCUCAGAAUACAGUUUCUGCUGUGUGAUUUCUAGGCGAGGUACAGUAUCCAACACCACUACAUGUUUCUCAAAAUGGACCAGUGAAAUCAGAAUCACCCGGGAUUCUUGUUAAACCAGAUUUCCAGAUCUAGUCGAAGACCAUUCCUACUAUGUCAGAAACUCAGAUUGGAGGCAGAGAAUGUGUGUUGUUAACACAUAACCCAAGAGAUUCUGAUGAAAGUUCUCUUCCCAGAGUGAGAUUAUUUUAGUGUCACUUCCAGACAGAAUCUCAGUUUUCCCAUCUGCGUAGAAUGCAGCACUAGUAUGGGUGAGAGUUCCAGAUAAAUUUAAUAAGCAGCAUGUCUUUGGUGAGUGUUUUUGGAUGACUUGACACCACUUAGUGUUUCAUUGUGGAGGAGGAGUGGCUGACAUAAUGGGAUAUGAUGUUCUGUAUUAAUAAAUAUAUUGCUGCCCCAAGCCCACAAGGAACACAUGCAGCCUGAGCAAACCUUUGAUACCAGGUAGAAAUCUCAGCUCUAUUAGGCACAAUUUCCAACAGUGAAAUAAAUGUAUUAUUUAUCAAAACUCUAGAGAACACACAACCUUCUUAGAAAGAAAGGUUGGAUCAUUUGAUGGGAUACAGAAUUCUACACAGUGAUUCUACAUUUAAUGAAUCUCCAUAUAACGAUACUGUUAGAGUCCCCACAUGCUAAAA